GAAGAAGGGCAAGAGGACUGGCAGCUGUCUCUGUGCAGGAACACAUCGCACUUCUGCUCCUUCAUGUGAAUCUCCUGACAAGCAGAGAGGAUGGUGGUGGAGGUGGAGGGCUUCUACGGCGUCUAUCUCUUACAUUGCACCAACCCAAAAUACAAAGGACGCAUCUACAUCGGCUUCACGGUGAACCCCGAGAGGCGCAUUCAGCAACACAAUGGGGGGAAGCACAAAGGCGGAGCCUGGAAGACAAGUGGGAGGGGGCCCUGGGACAUGGUGCUGAUUGUUCACGGCUUUCCCAACGAUAUUGCAGCUCAAUCCAAUACGCAGUGCUUCCAAUUUGAGUGGGCUUGGCAGCACCCCCACGUAUCCCGCAGGCUCACCCACGUGCCACGCAAGACAAAGAAGCAGUCCAGUUUUGACUUCCACCUGAUGGUCCUCUAUCACAUGUUACGGGUGGCCCCGUGGAACCGCCUGCCGCUCACCCUGCGUUGGCUGCGACAAGAGUACCAUAGGGAGCUGCCCCCCCUGCUCCAGCCCCCUCUUCACAUGCCCUUGGCUUUUGGGCAGGUGAGGGCACGUCCGAUCUCUAAAAACCAAGGAGAAAAGGGCCAGGGAGAGGAAGGGACGAGUCGGCAGCCCUCCCCACAGCGAUGCCGCGUCUGCUAUGAAAAAGUGCAGAGCGAAGACGACGCUCUGCACUGCUUCCACCCGGGCUGUUCUCUGAACGCACAUGUCAUUUGUCUGUCUAAACUCUUCCUCCUGAACCAGCCCCAGCAGCUGAUCCCCGUGGAGGGCCUCUGUCCCAGCUGUGGCAAUUCUGUGCUGUGGGGAGAUCUGAUCCGACACAAGAAAGGCUGCUAUGGAGAUCUGGAGGAAGUCACAAAUUCUCAGACUCACUGGGGGGAUGAAUUACACAGCUGACCCAUAGACUGUGC